AUGCAGGCCUGCGACCGAUGCCAUGCCCGCAAGACCCGGUGCGACCGCCGGUUUCCGCAGUGCGGUGCCUGCGAAAAAGCCAGGGUCUCGUGCGUGCACGCGGACAAGCUGCGACAGCGCAACAUCCCACGCGGCUAUCUCGACAGCAUGGAGGCCACAGUGCGACAGCUGCAAGAGGAGAACCGGGUGCUGCGACAGAGCCUGACGGCAUCGCAGGCGAAAGCACAGGGACAGGGACAGGCACCACAGCCGGUACCGUCCUCGCCUUUGGGCACGCUGUCCAGCCACGAGGAGGAUCGGCAGCACCGGCAGAACGACGGCCACCCGGACCAGACACCGCUGCCGGAAGGGCCCAUCAGCCCGCCGCCAUCGUCGGUCGAGAGCGGCAGCCCACCGGAGAACGAGUUUGCGGUCGAGGUCGGCUACCUGUCGCUCAUCGCCACGGGCGAGACCCGCUAUCUCGGCUCGAGCAGCGGUCUGGGCCUGGCCAACAUCAUCGGCCACAUGGUGACGUCGCAGGCUAGCAUGGACUCCGACGGUGAGUCGGCUCCCUCUCCCCUUCCACCGCUCCACACCGUCCGGCCCUUCAUCGAGGCCUACUUCCAGCACACACACAUCACCUUUCCGCUGCUGCACCGGCCCAGCUUCCUCGCCACGGUCGACCGGAUCUACGGCGAGCCGGGCUUCUAUGAGCGCCAUCCGCGCGAGGCGUUCGUCUUUGACAUGGUCCUGGCCAUCGGCAGCUCCAACUUUAAUCGGUUCGACGAGUCGGCCGCGAACUCGUGCCGUUUCUUCGCCGUCGCCCAGUCCAAGCUGGGCGCCAUGCUCUCGAUGGACGACAGCCUGACCGCCCUCAAGGCUAUCCUGCUCAUCUCGCAGCACGGCAUCUUUAGCAAUCUGCGUGACACCAGCGCCAGCAUCUGGCACCUCGUUGGCGUCGGCGCCCGCAUCUGCAUCGAGCAGGGCCUCCAUUUGGAACGACGUCAGCUACAGCAGCAGCAGCAGCAGCAGCAGCAAAACGGCAGCGCCCAUACACGCGCCGUCACCCUCGACGAGGAGCUGCGCCGCCGCUGCUUCUGGUCGCUCUACAAUCUCGACCGCGUCGUCAGCUUCACGCUCGGCCGUCCGGUGGCCAUCCGCGACGACGAGAUCGACGUGCCGCUGCCCUCGCCUCUCGACGACGCCUGCUUCUCACCCGACUCAUCCUCGUCCACCGAUACUGCUGCACAUUCACCCCUCCACCCUUCUGCCGUCUCGCCCUUCCUCCAUCUCAUUCGCAUCCGUCGUAUCUCCGGCCAGAUCCUCACCCAGUUCUACAACUCCCGACAUCAUUCCAACAUCUCCAUGGAAGAUCGCAGACGCAUCCGCCGUCGCUUCCAUGCCGACAUCGACGCCUGGCGAGACGAUACCAAACACCUCCUCGACGUUGCAUCUUCCUCAACCUCCUCCACGUCUUCCUCUACCCCCCCGUCUUCCAAUACUACACCCACCUACAAAUCCAGCUUCCUCUCUCUCGACUGGUACAAUGCCGUCUACAGCAACGCCAUCCUGCUGCUGUACCGUCCCUCGCCAGCCCUUCCACACCCGACCAUGACGCUCGCGCCCGACGACGGCCGGCCCGAGCUGAUCGAGCUGCUCAAUGCCUCCCGCUCCUCCAUCGAGUCCUACAGCCGGUUGCACCAGAAGCGCCGACUCAACUACUCUUGGAUCACCCUGCACGGCGUCUUUAUAGCUGGCCUCUCGUACAUCUACGCCCUCGGCCGCCUACUGCGCGAUCCUGCCACCUUUGCGCUCGUGCCCGAGCUCUUCUCCAUAGUCGAGGUCACCCGCUCGUGCUCCAACGUUCUCGUCGCCAUCUGCGAGCGCUGGAACGCCUCCCGCCGCUCUUGCGAUCUGUUCAACAAGCUGAGCAACGCCGUCAUACAGGAUGCCCUCAACGCCUCGUCCAGACAGGCGAGGGAAAAGGACCGUGACCGCUACGGCAGCAGCUGCAGUCGCCAGUCUGAUCCGCUGGCUCGUGGUCACGUGCACAAACCGCAAGCUGCCACUACGCCCUACAACAAUACUGCCUCCACGGCCUCCCUCGACGCCGUCCUCGACAGCCAGAUGCAGCUCGACGAGAACUUUGUCAUGGAUGAGUUCCGCCAGUUCAUGGGCUCCCUCGGGGCCGGCCAUCCUGGCGAUGCCAUGCCCAGUGAAGUCAUCGCUGGUUUCCUGCAGGAUUGGCCCUUUGACAAUCCCAUUGUCAGCUCAGAGGGCGAGAAUGAGUCAAGUAUGCUUUCAUGGGAUCUGAGCGGUAGCUAA